UAGUCUGAAAAAAUAAAACAAAAGAACAAAUUAAACAAGAAGUAUCUUAUCUUUUGAAACACUACUGUUUCAUUAUGGAUUUAGAUCUUCGUUUAAUUGAAUCUAUCAAACGAAAUGUCUGCUACUUAAGUCAUGCUACUCUUCUCUUAGAAAAGUUUCAUUCUUAUUUAGAUACAAAUGUUUUUCAAAUGAGAAUAUAUAAAAGUUUUUUAUGUUGUGCAAUAGGAGUAACAUUUCGGAUGUAUGGAAAUGCAGAAUUAUCAUCAUAUGACUACCUAGAACGAGCCAAAAAUAUUAUUUUCGAUUUAAUAAAAUUUCAACCAAACAUUUCUGUUUAUCCAUUCACUUCCACAGAUCCCGUGCUUUAUCUAAAGGGUUGUUCCGUUCUACAAAAGGAUACAGAGGAUAUAUUUCAUAGAUUAGUAAAAGAAAGUGAACAAAAAAUGACAAAAGAUUUUGUGCAAACAUUUUUAGCAAACAAAUUCAGGAGUUCAAGAGAAAUGGAACUCUUUGAAAAAUAUGCUAAUGGGGAGAUAAACAAGAAUGAAAUAAAACACUUCAAAUUGACUUCAUACAAAACUAAAAAAAAGGGGAAAUAUGGAAAAAAUAUUUGCUCAUUUUAAAAGUAUCAAGGAAACUUUCCUUGUUGAUUUACUUAUAAGUAUUAUGCAUGAAAGUAGUAAAAAUAAGUGGUGGAUGGAAUCGACAAUAAUAGCAUGGUCACUGAAUAUGGCAACAAUGAAACAAAAAUGGAUAGUCUGACUGACAGUCAAUUUGCGUAUAAUCUCGCAGUUAGGUUGCAGUGUUAUUUCAAAAAAAAGUUAUAAAAACUACCUACCUAUUGCUGCUUUAGUAGAACAUCGCGAUGGCAUUAUUAGAUUUUUGAGAUCAGAGAUAACUGUUUCAACUAAAAAUCUGCACAAGAUCAUACAAAGGCUAAAGGAAAUGCAAGGAGAGGGUUCAUCAACUUUGUUCUACACCUAUGGUGCUUUAAAAAUGGCGCCAAAAUUUACUCUCUAUCAUAAAUGCAUGAUCAAUCGCGCUCUUUUAAAGUGCUGCUUUAUUGAAUGGCGAGAAGGAAAAAGUGAAAAGUGUCUUGAAAAAGCUAUUUUGCAAGCACAAACCUUAAAUGAAAUAGCUAUCACUAUGAGAGAAGAUUGGCUAAUCUGUAUGAUGAUUUACCUUGAAAUUGCUGAAACAUAUCUCCUCUUUCCCACGAAAAACAACAUUGAUCAAGCUAAACAAAAGUACAAAAAAGCAUUUGAACUCCAAUCAACAUUUGGUGGUAUACUUCUGACUACCCAAUACCAUUUCAAUCUUUAUCAACAAUAUAUUCAUUUUUGCUUGAAAUUUGGCAAUUUAGAAGAUCUCAACGAUGCACGGAAAAUUUCUGUUGAAAUGAGGGAGAGGUGUGUCCAACAAAAACGUAAACAAGCAAUUGGAGACAACUUGAUUAAGAUUGAAGAUAGAACAAAAUCAAAGACUAGAAGAAAGGUUGCCAUUAAUCUACUCGGAAUACUAUUUCUGAUUUCAUCUGUGUUUGCUGGUGUGUGGUUCUUUAUGACCAAGUGAUUCAAUCCUAUCGUUGAUUAAGAACAAUAGAAAAGAUGUGGCCAUGCUAUUGACAUUGAAUAUCUUGAACGUAAAACGAUGAAAUGUAAGACUUUAAUCACAGACGAUUGAACAAGUACUAUGUAUG